CUCUAAACGCCUCUCUAUCUCUCUCUCUCGCUUCGCCCUCGUUUACCAUUUCUAUUCUUCCUCAGUCCAAACCCAUUUGAAGUAAUUCGAAAAAAAAAAGGAGCAGACUUUUCCUUGAACAGGAUCAAACUUACUCUGCAAAGUUUCUCAAUUUCAGUUGUGAUUCGAACCAAGUCUGUGACCAUGGCGAGAGGCGUAGCUAGAUUUUUGCGUAGAGCCUAUACUUCGAGAGCUAGGACUCUCUUCUCCACCCGAAAUUUUCAUACUUUCAGAGAUUGUAGAUCUCUUGUUAAUCCCCAAUCUGAUUUCCCCACGACCCGGUUCUUCUCGGAUAGUCCGGUCCGGAUACACCUUCCAUGGAACGAUUACACACUUGUUGGGUUCGGUAAAGUUAGAUGCUUUUCUUCAACGGUGGAUGAGAACAAUGAAAACGAGAAGAAAAAACUUGAAGAAAGUCUUCUUGGUUCUGACUCUGAGAGUGACCCCGAAUUUGACGAGGAAGGUGUGGUUAAUGAGCUUGGCGAUGUAGAUGAAACCUUGCUAAAUGAUUCAGCUGUUUCUGAGACUAGUAGCGAAGCUGCUCUUGCUUUAAACGCUGCGUAUCAUGACCCCGUGGCUCUAUACAAAGAGCUUAAAGGAAACGAAGUGCGUUCUAAUCUUCAGCGUAACGAAUGGGAUACAUUACACGAGAUAUUCACUUACUUUUCCCAGUCUGGUUGGGCAGCUAAUCAAGCUCUUGCCAUCUACAUCGGUAAAUCGUUUUUCCCAACAGCUGUUACCAAGUUCCGUGACUUCUUCUUUGAGACAUCUAAGCUUGACCUUGUUCAAGAUCUUGUUCGUGUCGGACCAACGGAUGAUGCUGUUAAGUUUCUCUUCCCUGUGUUUGUCGAGUUCUGUAUAGAAGAGUUUCCUGAUGAGAUCAAACGUUUCAAGAGCGUUGUUGACACUGCAGACCUCACUAAACCGGCUACUUGGUUUCCUUUCGCUAGAGCUAUGAAGCGUAAGAUUGUUUACCAUUGUGGACCGACCAAUAGUGGUAAGACAUAUAAUGCUUUGCAGCGGUUUAUGGAAGCUAAGAACGGUUUGUAUUGCAGCCCGCUUAGGUUGUUAGCUAUGGAGGUUUUUGAUAAAGUGAAUGCGUUAGGGGUUUACUGUAGUCUGUUGACGGGACAAGAGAAGAAACAUGUUCCGUUUGCGAGACAUGUUUCUUGUACUGUUGAAAUGGUGUCUACGGAUGAGUUAUACGAAGUGGCUGUGAUUGAUGAGAUACAGAUGAUGGCGGAUCCUAGUAGAGGUCACGCUUGGACAAAAGCUUUGCUUGGGUUAAAAGCCGAUGAGAUUCAUUUGUGUGGAGACCCGAGUGUUUUGGAGAUUGUGCGUAAGAUGUGUGGUGAAACAGGAGAUGAGUUAGUGGAAGAGCAUUACGAGAGGUUUAAACCGUUGGUCGUGGAAGGUAAGACUUUACUAGGAGAUCUCAAGAACGUUAAGUCAGGUGAUUGUGUUGUUGCCUUCUCGAGAAGAGAGAUAUUCGAAGUUAAAAUGGCGAUAGAGAAACAUACAAAGCAUCGUUGCUGUGUCAUCUACGGUGCGUUGCCUCCUGAGACAAGGAGACAGCAAGCGAAUCUGUUUAACGAUCAGGAAAACGAGUAUGAUGUUUUGGUUGCUAGUGAUGCUGUUGGGAUGGGAUUGAAUCUCAACAUAAGACGAGUUGUUUUUUACAGUCUGAGCAAGUAUAACGGUGAUAAGGUUGUGCCUGUACCUGCUUCACAAGUGAAACAGAUCGCCGGGAGAGCUGGAAGGAGAGGAAGCCGUUAUCCAGAUGGACUCACAACAACGUUACACUUAGAAGAUCUAACUUAUCUAAUAGAGUGUCUGCAGCAACCGUUUGAUGAAGUUAGAAAAGUGGGUCUGUUCCCUUUCUUUGAACAGAUUGAGCUCUUCGCUGCCAAAGUUCCCGACAUGGCGUUUUCGAAGCUCUUGGAGCAUUUUGGGAAGCACUGCAGGCUGGACGGUUCUUACUUCUUGUGCCGUCAUGAUCACGUCAAGAAAGUAGCAAACAUGUUGGAGAAAGUACAAGGGUUGUCUCUAGAAGACCGGUUUAACUUCUGUUUUGCACCAGUUAACAUCAGGAAUCCGAAAGCAAUGUACCAUUUAUACCGGAUGGCGUCUACUUACAGCCAAGAUAUGCCGGUUAAUGUAGCCAUGGGGAUGCCAAAGAGUUCUGCUAGGAACGAUACAGAGCUGUUGGAUCUGGAGAAUAGACAUCAGGUUUUGUCUAUGUAUCUUUGGUUGUCUAAUCAGUUUGAAGAGAAGAACUUUCCGUUUGUGGAGAAGGUUGAAGCAAUGGCGACGAAUAUUGCCGAGUUGUUAGGUGAAUCUUUGACUAAAGCUAAUUGGAAGAUGGAGUCAAAAGAAGAGGUAAUGAAAGGUCAAAAGAAAGAAGAUGGAAUAUAUGAAAGACCAGCUUCACUAAUCAAGUUAGUUCAUAAUAAGUAAUCAUUUUCAAGACUGUGUUUGAGAAUCUUUUUUUAUCUUCUUUCAGCUUUCUUUAAACAUGGUAGAGUAAGAAGGAACCUACCCCAAUUAGUUUCGUCUGCCAUGGCUAUAGGCUCUUUGAUUAUUCUUCUCUUCUCUUCUCUUCUCUAUACAUAUCUACUCUGGC